CCAGAUGGCAACGCUCUCUCAAUCCACUUCGUGGCCUCUCUAGGAUAUCCCUCGCUGCUCACUCUCCCCCUCCCUCCCUAGUUCCAAAAUACUCUUAUCAAUCAAUCGUCAAUCUUUUACGCGACUCAGUGAGACUCCAUUUGGUUGCGGCGGCAUCAGGCAAGUCUUUCUCAGCUGGGAGAUUGCAGAACCAAUUCCGUAGAGUAGUUUAGAGAUAGGGCAAAAUGACGGGUUCAAUACUAGCUCUCACAUCCUCCCUCUCUUCGCUCUCAUUUUCGUCCCAUGUAGCUCAGAAACCUACCACUGUUUCAUUUCCCCGUUCCAGAUCAGCCUCCAUUGCAAACAUAUGUGGAACCCCUAGCCGUACCCCUCGGCUUGUUGUCUCUGCCACUGUAGCUUCUCCAGAGUUGGAAACUGUGAACCUCAAGAAAUAUGUGAAAUCGAGGCUUCCUGGUGGGUUUGCAGCUCAGACAAUCAUUGGUACUGGUCGGCGAAAAUGUGCAAUUGCUCGUGUUGUACUCCAAGAGGGCACUGGCAAAGUUGUAAUCAACUAUCGUGAUGCCAAGGAAUAUCUUCAAGGCAAUCCAUUAUGGUUACAAUAUGUCAAAGUUCCAUUGGUUACUUUGGGAUAUGAAAGUAACUAUGAUGUGUUUGUCAAGGCUCAUGGUGGUGGCCUUUCUGGUCAGGCUCAAGCUAUAUCGCUUGGCAUUGCUCGAGCAUUGCUUAAGGUAAGUGAGGACCACAGAAGACCUCUGAGAAAGGAAGGUCUGCUAACCAGGGACUCCAGAGUUGUUGAGAGGAAGAAACCUGGUUUGAAGAAAGCUCGCAAAGCCCCCCAGUUCUCAAAACGUUGAUUUGGUGGUUUAUUUAGUUUCCUUCCUUGUUAUUUGUUAUAGCUCGUUUCUAUCAAAGAUCUUGACUUUCAUUGUAAAUUCAGUUGAGAUUCAUAUGUUAUGGUUGCUGAAGAUUUAGAUUGAUUUAGGCUCCA